AUGGACAAGGAGGAAUUGCGAAAACAAGCUACCCGUAUCCUUAGGGUUACGGAGCAGAGAGUGCACAAACAAAGCUUCGUUGCUUUUUUCCUUGGAUUUUUAAUUUCACACUUACUUUCUGUUGGCAACUUUUCUGUCGCAAAAGACAAUUCGGCACACCUCGUGGUUGUCAGCGGCGAAUCCAAGAGUGCCGAAUCCAAGAGUGUCAACACCAAGAGCGUUGAAACUGAGAGCAUUGAAAAAGCAAGUGGACUGAAUGCACUGGAACAUUCCGACAAGCACAAUACAUUUGUUUAUCAUGGAAAAAAAAGUACGACGGACACUUUUACGCCGUUUCAUCGGUAUAUGUCAGAACUCGGUAGUCCAAGUGUCCACAACUUUACCGUUCUUCCUCAACAAAACAGUUGGUUGCAUUAUUUCGAAGCGUAUCACAAUCACAUGGCACGUUUUCGGGGAAAAGGGAAUGUAGUCUUCAUGGAAAUUGGUGUUCAAAGUGGAGGAAAGAUCCCAAUUUUGCGAAAAUAUUUUGGCCCUGGACUUACCUACAUUGGGCUUGAUAUCAACCCUUCCACCAAAAUGUUUGAAACGACGGAAAGUGAUGAUUUCACCGUACACAUCGAGAUUGGGGAUAGUGGUGAUCCGAAGUUUCUAGACAAAAUCAAAGCAAAAUAUCCUCACGUGGAUAUCUUUCUGGAUGAUGGUGGACAUACGAUGAAGCAGCAAAUGGUUGCCAUGGAACACAUGCUACCACAUGUCCAACCAGAGGGUGUCUACAUGUGUGAAGAUCUUGGAACUUCGUGGAAACCCAACUUUGGGGGAAUUAAAUUCGGUAGCGUCGGCAAAGAUAACAAGUGGGUGGCGACCACGAUGGUUGGCUUGGUUCAUCAGUCUCUGGAUUGGUUCAUGGCACCAGCAAACGCCGGUGCAGGCAAGGGCAAUACUGUAUUGCAAGAUGUGAAGACUAUACCUGAUGAUAGAUUCGAUUUGAGUCCGGAAUCGCCCAGCAACAGAUGGUGGAAGACGAUUCCAAACCAGGUGAAACACAUUCACUACUACAGCCAGAUCGUGGUGUACGAAAAGGGAGUUACAUAUCAAGGUGCUGGAUGGAAAACAAUCGGAACAAGGAUUCCCUACAAAGAUUCAGGCACACGUGAAAGAGUAGAUUGGAAAAGUAUCAUAGGACGGUUGGACGGCAUUUUCGGUGAGGGGUUGCUAUAA